AUGCCCAUGUUACUAGAAUAUUUUGUCACUGGCGUCGAGUUUACCGAAAGCCCAAAUGGUAAAAUUAUUGCAUUAGGGAAUGAUUUUGGUCCAAGGACUGUCGUUAGUGCAUCCAAAGAAGUCAUUCUUGCCGCUGGCGCCAUCAACUCUCCCCAAAUCCUUCUGCUCUCAGGCGUUGGACCAAAAUCAGAACUCGAAGCAUUGGGGAUCAAAGUGGUUAAAGAUCACCCCGAAGUAGGCAAGAACCUACAAGACCACACGCUGCUUUUGAACAAUUGGAUUAUCAAUGACAAGGGCACAAGGGACGAACUCUCCCACAAUCCUGCCUUCGCUCAACAACAAGAAUGUUUGUAUAACCCAAACAAAGCCGGUCGUUUGUCCAACACGAUCGCUCAAUCGAUUGGGUUCUUCCGUUUACCUUCUGACGAUCCCAUCUGGUCGCAACCUGGCAUCGUCGACGAUUGCCCAGGUCCAAAUUCACCGCACUUUGAAUUAAUCUUAGAUGACGGAUUUGCGAGUACACUCUAUCCCGAACCUUCGGAGGGGAAUUUCAUGACCAUUGCGACGGUCAACUUGUCUCCUAGUUCUAGGGGAAGCGUGAAACUUGGGUCAAGCAAUCCUUUCGAUGCUCCUUUGAUCGAUCUUGCACUCUUCGUAAAGGAACCCGAUCUCCACACCGCCGUGGCCGCCAUCAAGCAUGCACGAAACUUCUUGACUGCGCCUAUUUUCAAAGACUACGUUCUAGGAGAAUGGGGUUCAUUAGCUCAAGCACAAACGGAUGAAGAGAUUAUACAGUAUAUUCGUAACAAUACGGUCUCCGCUUUCCAUCCUACCAGCACUCUUGCCAUUUCGGCCAAGGACAGUCCUGAGGGUGUCGUUAAUCCUGACUCAACUGUGAAGGGUAUUAAGAAGCUCCGCGUCGUCGAUGCUAGUAUUUUCCCCCUCGCACCCGCAGCCCACCCUCAGAUUCCAAUUUAUGCGAUUGCAGAGCUCGCCUCGGAGACCAUCGCAGGGGAUUACAAGUUAAACGCAAGGUUAUGAUGUGUAAGACAUAGAAGAGAUCUGAGGGGGAGAAAAAAUUAUACGCGUUUCUGCGCGAGUCCGUUGUACAAAAGAGUAAAAACGUGAAAAGUAAAAAAGUAAAAAUAG